GAGAGGGGCUGGAAAAAUCAGAAACAAGCUUGUCAUCAAUAGUUGAAUGAAACACCAUCUGAGAUUAUAUAUUUGUGCUGAUUACUGAUAUUAGAUUUUUACCUGAUUAAACACAAUUUGAAAUACUGUCUCACCAGCUUGCAUUUCAGAGGUGUGUCUAAUACUUGUACUACCUGUUAAUACCAUAGGAGCUGCGCUUGAGUUGUGAAGGCCCAGACAUGAGAUGAUGAUGCCAUGUGUGUACAUGUAUGUGUGUGUACAUCCAUAGCUACAGCAGACCUUAACUCCAGGUGUUUAGCUCAGAGGUAAAGAGUGGCUUUAUUGGAGGAGUAGGUUGAGAAGUUUUAGGAGGAGAAAAGAAGCUUUGACUCCAAUAGGAAUUUUUCCUGUGUGAGAAUUGCAUAAGCUAGUUCUGAGGUGGUUUUACUUCUUUUGUUGUCUUCAGCUGUUUCCAGGGCAAAAAAAAAAUCCAAACCAAAACAACAAACCAUCAGCUAAUGACUGAUGAAAAAUGUUGAUUUGACAUUUUGUAUACAAAUAGCUGGAGUAGAAUCAUGGUUAAAGGUUUGGUUUUUUCUUAAACAAAAGCUUCUGGCAUUUUGAAGCAACUAAAGGAGAGUUUGAACUAGGAAGACCAAUGAACAAUAUUAGAAAAAGCAGCCUCUCACCUUCCUCAGUGGCACUGUUAAGUCAGCAAGAGCGGGAUGGGGCCCAGAGGACAGGGGAAAACUCUGCCUUUAUUCCUGGGAGGAGGGGAGUGGGAAAGGACUUGUAAUUAAUUAAACUUUCUAGGAAACAAAAAUUUCCAACUUCAACAUCUGUAAAUUUGUAACCCUUCUCCUCCUUCCUUCUCAUCGUUCCAACUGGCCAGGGUAUUUUUAAAAACUUUGAGUGACAACUUUUACCCUUGGAAUGUGGAAAAAGGCUCAGCCUCGUAGUUAAUGUUUAAUUUCUGAGCUGAGUAAAUGGACCCACGCUGCUGGCGACAGAAGGGAGGAUGCCAGUAGAAUGGGUGUGAGGAUUUAUUUAGCAAUCGAGUCCUGCUUUGUGGGCGUCUCUUAUAAGGCUUUCGUAUGAAAUUUAGAUUAUAAUUCCCUGCUCGGCUUUGAUGCUCUCUGUCCUGGUUAAAAUCACAUCAACCCUUCAGUCGCAUAAGAAGACCACAGCCUGGGUGCCCAUUUCCAAAUUCUCUGAUUUUUGUGGAUGCAGAAUUUGAGAAGGCAAGAUUAUUUGUUCUAGCACUUUAAAGGGGAGGCUAUUAUUAUUAUUAUUAUUAUUAUUAUUAUUAUUAUUAUUAUUAUUAUUAUUUUAACAGUAUUUUAUAUCCUUGCAGAUCUUUUCUCUAGAAUUUGAGGAGAAAUGUCAGAAAUCACGUUGGUAGAAGGACAGGGAAGAAUUUAGCCAUAGUAGAUAAUUUGUUUUUAUAAUGAACUGAGAAUGUGCAUUGCUGUGUUGUCUCUUAUUUUCUUUCUUUUUUCUCCUCCUUUUGGUCUGUGCUUUCCAUGAGAUGUCUUGAUGAAAUCCAAGAUUUUGCUGCCUUUAAGGCGAAGAGAGGAGGGGAGCGCACCUCCGGCAGCGCUGCCGCCCGAGCCCUGCCCGUCGCGGCGAGCGGGCACCGCAGGGCCGAAGAAGAGAUGCCGGGGGGAGCCGGGCGCUCCCCACCUUUCACCCAUAGCCGCAGACAGAGCGAGAGAGAGAAAAUUGCCCCAGACCAGGCAGCAAAAUGCUGGGUUUAGAAGACUGCGAGCCGGUUUCCUGCAUACUACUAUAAUUAAUUUGCGUGCGGAGAUCAAAGAUCCGAGGGCGAAGGGAAUAAUUGAUUCUGCCAGAAAACGCUUCCCUGGCGCAGCCCACGGCCAGCCACCACCCACGGCAGGUCCCGUGCUGUUCUGUUCCCCCACCACCCUGCACGGUGGCCCUCCCAGAGUGCCCAUCCUGCUCCCCUCCACCAGGUUCCCUGAGCACACCCGGUGGCCAAACACCUUCCCGAGGCAGUGGUGCUACAUCUUCAGUAAAAAUGGAGCAGACUACGAGGCAUGUCAUGGGUCCAGGCUGAAACUCCACUCGCUGUGUUUAUUUUGUGCAAUUCGAUGCAGGCCCUCUCAUUUCAGCUGUUUGAAACGAUGUGUCACUAGGAAGAGGUCACAGGUGACUGGCAAGUUCAACCUACUUAGCUCAAUUAUCCAAGUUUCGUUUCUAAAUUGUGUUCAAUUUGAUCUUCCUGCUUUCCUCCAAAUUAUCUCAAAGAAAAAAAAUCAAAUGAAAGCAGACAAUUUAAGCCAAAUCCUGUAUACCAUUAUUUAUAUGCAAAACCAUUUUUGUGAUAUAUACUCCCCUUAAUGACUAUGGAAUGCCAGAUCUUUCCAUGUGAAUUUACAAACCUAGCCAUCAAAUUAUUUCAAAGGCAGGCCUAUUAGGGACAAAAAUAAUUAUAAACUUUGAGAAGCUUUGUAAAAACAUAAGUUUCUGAAUGUUGUCUCUUUAAAUUUUUCUUAAGUUUGUUUUUAAUUUAAGCCUGGAGGCACAGUAGAGAGAUAUGCAGAGUCUAAUAUGGAGUUUGGAAAAUAAUGUGCUGUAAUCCAAUGCUGAGCUACUUCUCCAUAAAAUAUGGAUAAGGAAUCAAUUCAUAAGCACAAAUAUCUACUAGGAUGGAGUUUUAACAAAUAUUUCACAUGAGCACUCUUAUAUGCAUUAUUAAGGAGAUAACAAAAGUGCUUCAAAUCGAGCCCUAUACAGUCACAUCUGGAAAUGGUCUUUUCUGUCUAAUUUUCAUUUUUUUCUCUCAAAAAAAAAAAGUUAGAAGAAAAACUAGUCUGUCCCCUUGUAUAUUAAUUGUUACCAUCAGCUUUUAAUCAGCAGCAUGUAUAGUUGGAUUUACAGAAUCCAUUCCAUGUUGCCCCUUUGGAGAACAGUAAAAUGAAGAUAGUAUCUUUAUUCACUUACAGAAUCUGAUGUUAAAACCAAACCCACACACAAACAGUAUAUACACUGCUAUAUGCAUAUAGACAGGCGUGGAGAUGCAUAGACACAAUACACUUACACAUGGAAACGAGUCAUGACCAUGUGUUGGAAAACAACAAAAAGUAUCUGUGCAUUUCACCACAUCCUGAGUCAGACAUCAUCACAUAAGAAGCAACCUAGGGAAAACUAUUUUAUAUUCAGACACCGCUAAUUUCUGAAAGCAUUGGAUCCAUAGCAAUAUUUGCUGUAUGGUGCUUAAGCACAAUUCUAAAGAAAGCUUUUCAAGCUUUUUAGUCAAGUAAAGCAUUAUUAUGAAGGAAAGAAGAGUAAAUAAACUCCCCUCAGGUUGAAAAGAGUUGAUACAAGUUUGGUUAUCUUUUCCCCCCUAAUGUAUAACAGUAUUUUUUAAUAAUGUAUAAUUAAUGGAAUUACAUUCUGAGGACAAAUAUAAAAGAAGCACUUUACAUCUACUACUAUUAUUUAUAUAUUUUUAAAAUAAAUAUGCUAUUUUUCCUUUGAAAGGAAAGGCAAGCAAUAUAUUUU